AUGAAGUUCGCCGAAAACCAGUAUCUCUUCUCGCAUCCGUUCGCGACAUUAACAUCAGCCAACUGGCGCAAAUACCCCAACGAAUACUCCCAUCAUGUCCUCUCAGUCGACACGAUAUCACGAGACAUCGACCCAAAAACCGGCGUCCUGCGAUCAGAACGUCUCGUCUCAGUCAAGCAAUCCGCACCAGCACUCCUGCGGCGACUCUGCCCCAUCAUCCCCGAAGUAACCUACUUCCGCGAAGUCUCCUUCCUGGACGUGCGGCGGGAGCGGUACACCGCGAUAUCCAACAACCUAACCGCCCGCAGCAUCGUCGACGUGGAGGAGACGUGCGAGUUCACCGCCACCGACCACCCGGAUUCGCCGGAGGGCGGCACCGUCUUCCGCCAGCGCGCGGCCGUCUCAGCCAUGGGCGCUCUCAGCUACGUUGCGAAACUGGUCGAGGAGGCGGCCGUGUCGUCGUUCAAGGCGAAUGCCUGGAAAGGCCGGCUGGGACUCGAGACCGUUGUUGACAUGGUUGUGGAGGAGGCGAAGGAGAUUGAGGCUGGGUUGAAGGAGGGCAUUGAGGCGUCGAUAGAGGGGUUGAGGAAGGGCUCUGUGGGGCUGUAG